GAAGGGAGGCGCUCUCGGUGUCGGAACGGACGGAGGGAGUGAGGCAACUCGUACGGUGGCCGCAGAGGGACGGCGCUACGGCUCCCACGCUGGGCCAAACGCCGCCGGCCGCCGGGCGCGGGAGCCCCUGGCCCUUAGGGGCGGCUGGGGACGCGUGAGGCACCGGGCCCCGUAGCCGCCGCGCCGUCGGCACCAUGCGGCCGCCCUGCUCCUGGAGCCCCGAGGGACACGGGGGCCUGCGGGCCGGGACGCCGGCGCGGAGAGGGCACCCGCCCAUCUGUGGGGCCCUGUGCCCUGCCAUGACACACAGCCGUCAGCUGUCAUCCAUCCUGCCAGGCAGCCAGCCUGCCUCCCUCCAGAUCCCAGAUCACAGCGCCUUGGGCAUCUCCGUUUUGCAGUGUUGUCUGGUCCCCAGCACGUGGGUGUCAAGUGGCUGAAGUGAACUGCUAUGCCUACGCCUCCCCCGGGGCUCAGCUGCGAGCUCCCCGGCCUAGGUGCCCAUGACGCCUCCGCUGACCGCCGCCUGGACGCCGCCUCCGCUGCGAGCUAGCGCCGCCGCCCAGGCUCCAAUGCCCGUCAUGCCCAUCCCGCGGCGGGUGCGCUCCUUCCACGGCCCGCACACCACCUGCCUGCACGCGGCCUGUGGGCCGGCGCGCGCCUCGCGCCUGGCGCGCACCAAGUACAACAACUUUGACGUGUACGUGCGGGCGCGCUGGCUGUACGGCUUCAUCCGCUUCCUGCUCUACUUCAGCUGCAGCCUGUUCACCGCCGCGCUGUGGGGCGCGCUGGCAGCCCUCUUCUGCCUGCAGUACCUGGGCGUGCGCGUCCUGCUGCGCUUCCAGCUCAAGCUGUCGGCGCUGCUGCUGCUGCUGGGCCGCCGUCGCGUGGACUUCCGCCUCCUGAACGAGCUGCUGGUCUAUGGCAUCCACGUGACCAUGCUGCUGGUCGGGGGCCUGGGCUGGUGCUUCAUGGUCUUCGUGGACAUGUGAGGGCCGAGCACCUCGGCGCCAGCCGGGGCUUGUUUACUGUGGCCCAUGGGGUCGAUGCCUGCUGCCGGGUGCUUCUGUGGGCCGGGUAGGUCAGGGCCCGUGUCCUUCCCGCUCCAUCCUGCAGACAGGGGCUGCAGACGCAGCCCCACCCCAGCCUCUGGCCCGGGAGAGGAACAGGCUGAGACUCCUGUAAAGGGGACACUGGCCCUUCCUCCUGCUGAUUGUUUUUCUCUGGCCCUCCUGUAAGCUCAUUUCGGCAGUGUCCCCUAGGCUGCCUCCCUGUGGUCCAGCUGGCACUCUUCCAGGCUGUGCUGUGGGGGUCCAUCCGUGCGUGUGCGCUUGGAGAGCCUCUGCGGCCCUGUGCUUUCUCCAGGACACUGGCACCACCAGUGGUGUGGGAGGCCUCAGGGAGGGCUGUGCUGCCCAGGAGCAGAUCUGGAGGGGGUCCUGGCUGCACUCCCCGGCCCUGCCCCCACCUUAGGGAAGCGUUGGGCGCCACUAGCUGAGGCACCGCACUGCCACAGAGCUGUUCACUGGGGGCCGUCUGACACCCUCUGCCUGUCCCCCUGAGCUGUGGGGGUCUGGAGUCCCAGGUCACUCUUUGGGAUCGCCUUGGUUCGCAGAGGCGCAGUCCGGCAGGGAUUACGACCUGGCCCAGGGCAGACCCGUCUUCAUCCUGGGCAGGUCUGUGGAGAAUGUCAAGCCUCUUCAAAUGUGGGUUUCAGGAGGCAACUCCAUUUCUUUCUGGCUUCCAGGGGGUGCUUUGGUCUGUCUUCUUUUGGGGGAACGCCCAGAAUUGAGGCUUCUGUAUCUGGGGACAGAUGUCACAGGUCUUGGGAGGUGCACCAAGGUCUCUGAGUGUGCACCAUGAAAUACGGUCCGACCCUGUGUUUAAAAGCACCUGUUAGGGUGGAAGGUGUGGGCCAGGGCUGGCUCUGCCAGCGAGGGGCUCGGCUUCCCCUUGGUCCUGCCUCGGCGCCGUUCGAGCCGCCAGGGCAUGCAGAGCAAAGAUGAAUGCAGGCAGGGGCUGGUGGCCAGGAAAGAGCAGGGCGGUUGUCUGGGGGGGGCUUUCAGCCACAGAAGGGCGCAUUCCAGAGGGCCAGCGUCUUGCCCAGACCCCUCGCUCUGGUCUUCUCCAUCGGGGGGACAGGGUGGCCAUGUGGCUUAGUGGCCACUGGGCCUUGUUGGCAAGUGAGAGGGCGCCCUGAAUAAUUAUGCUGGGACAGCAGGCAGAGAGCAGGGACCAGACAUAGGGCUCUGUAUUGAGGGUGACAGACUGCCACUGCUUCACCCCAAGUUGUCCCCACACCCCCGGGCAUGGGCGGUGGCCCUGGGGGUACUAUCAGGACAGGUGUCUGCCAAUCAGGCAGAGAAAGCAAAAAAUACUCGGCUGUAAACCGUGCUCUUUAAUUGAUAGCCAGCUCUGUGGCGACUGUCUCCCUGAGGGCAGUGGGAAGGGCUCCUUGAAGACAGGGCCGAGCGAAGUCUGCCCGAGGCGCUGGGCGCUAGGCGAGGGGCUGACCUGCGAGGCCCUACUUGUCGCGCUGCGGAGAAUCUCUUGCACUAAAAUCGUGGUGUUUCUUUCCUAAAAGCUUUGUUUGUGUUAAUUAACUGUCGUUGCUGAGCUCCUCUGAAGUCUCUUGCUGGGGUGGGCGCACGUCCACACCCUCGGGAUGGCCAGAGGGGUCUGGAGGUGCCACCUCAAAUGUCGGCGUGGCAGUGCUGGGCGUCGACAGCUCAGCAACCUGCUCGGGGUCUGGAGUGCCUGUUCAAUCUUUGUGACAUGAGCCACUGCAUUACACUUAUUUUUUUAACAUGUCAAUGGAGUGACUGCCUAAAGCUCAGAAAGUGUAUUCCUUUUUUUAAGGAUGUGAACAACCAAAAACAAGUAAAAUUGGAUGCAUUUUAAA